GGAGAUAAUGUCCUUACAGCUGACACAUCGAUCAGACCGCAUUUGGAAAGAUCCAUUGUAUGUGGAUACAAAAGUUCGUCAUGCAAGGCUUGGAGAAUGUCUAGUGGAGAGGUGAAGAAAGUCUCCCGUGAAGAUAUUCAACUGAAAAUUUUCCCAAUGAGCAGGCCGACAAAUUUUCACUACUACAACUAACUGCUCAGGUGCAAAAUCUUAUAGAACGGUGCCUGCAGCUUUACAUGAACCAGAAAGAGGUUGUGAGUACCCUCCUACAUCAAGCCAAAAUUGAGCCAGGCUUUACUGAACUUGUGUGGCAAAAGCUUGAAGAAGAAAAUCAGGAAUUCUUCACGGCAUACCGUUUGAGGUUAAUGGUGAAGGACCAAAUACUGAGAUUCAAUGAGUUGCUUGAGAGACAGGCUAAACUAAUGAACCAGAUAUGUCCGGCUGGAGUGAGUUCGAUUCCCUUGACCAAAGGUGGAACUCAAAUACUCUCAUUGCAUGAGAAUACCUGCACAACAACUGAAAACACUGGGCCAGUCAUGAAGGUUGAAACGAUGAACCAAAAUAUGAAUGCCAGUUUACUUAAUGCUUACUCAAACGUGUCCACACUACAAACACAUAUUCAAACUGCACUUGACAUGUCUCCUCAUUCGCGGAGGAUUAGUGUCUUACCAAGCACACUACUCGCUCAAAAUGCCAAUGUUGGGUUGAUGCAUGGAGGACGACCGAUGAAAUCAGAAGCAGCUGCAGCUUAUCAUCCUGCCAAUUCUAAUUUCUUGUUUGGAAGUGAAAGCAAUGUUCUGGAAAUCCGUCCAGCGAUCACGGAUGCAUCCAUUUCAUCCUUCAGUAGCGUAGAGUCUAAUUCACAUAGCCUGAACGAGACUGUUUUGGAUGCGGCUGAUACAUCGUUUGGGUUCUUGGGGCAGAUACCCCGAAACUUCAGUUUGUCAGAUUUGACAGCUGACUUUGCUAACAGUUCAGAUAUUUUAGAGAGCUAUUCGAGAUCGCCCUUUCUACCUUCCGACACAGAUAGCUUUCUGGAUCCUCAUGGUACAAUAGAACACCAAGGUCCAUUUGUUCCAUAGGUUAACCUCUGGAAGGUUUUGUAAAUAAGGGACUGGGUCAUGAAAAGAUUCUCAGAAUGUGAAGAAUUAGAUUAUGAUGACGUCCGGGUUCACAGAAGGAUGGAAUACAUAUUAACAAUUUGGAGGAAUGGGUUUGGUGUAUAUGUGCAUUUAUUUGUUUUGUGCAAAUAGUUUUACAGGACAAAAUAUGAACAGUACGAAUCUCGCAUUGUAUUGUGGCGGUAAAGUAAUGUAUAUUCAUUAUACCCAGUAAUUAAAUUGCAACUCAUAUAUGUAUUCCUAGUGGUGUUACUGAAUCAGUU